AAGAGACUGGGUUUGUUUGAUUCGGUUGUUUCCGUUGUAAUCAUUCUCGAACAUCCAAAACCCGUCGCAUCACCACCACCGAGUCAACACCGACCCCGUCGUCUCUUUUCCGUUCAAAACCCUAACAAUCUUUCAAUUCAUUCUUCAACAUAUCAUUUCACCAAUUCAAUUCACAUCUGAAAUCAAAUCAAAAUCGACAUAUAUAAUCAACAUGUCGUCGGAGAUCGAGGUCGAAGAAACCACCGAUCAUCCACCUGCCGGAACCGGAAACGGAGAGAUCGCCGGUGGAGCGGCGGCGGAGGAGAGUUUGAAGAAUGACGUGUAUACGGCGGCUGCGUAUGGUGAUAUGGAGAAGCUUCGGAAUCUGGUGGAGUUUGAAGGUUGUUCCGUUACCAAACCGGAUGAUUUAGGUUAUCGUGCUUUGCAGUGGGCUGCGCUUAACAACCGUGUCGCUGCUGCUCAAUAUAUUCUUGAGCGUGGGGCUGAUGUGAAUGCAGUGGAUCUUACUGGCCAAACAGCACUGCAUUGGAGUGCGGUUAGGGGAUCCGUUCAGGUUGCAGAUCUUUUGCUUGAAGAAGGCGCUCGUGUUAAUGCUGCUGAUAUAUACGGAUAUCAGACGACUCAUGUUGCUGCACAGUAUGGUCAAACGGCUUUUCUUUAUCACAUUGUCACAAAAUGGAAUGCAGAUCCCGAUGUCCCCGAUAAUGAAGGAAGAAGUCCUUUACAUUGGGCUGCAUAUAAAGGUUUUGCAGAUAGUAUACGUCUUCUUCUAUUUUUGGAUGCUCAUAGAGGGCGCCAGGAUAAAGAGGGUUGUACACCUCUACAUUGGUCUGCUAUCAGAGGGAACUUAGAAGCAUGCACGGUAUUGGUACAAGCUGGAAAGAAAGAUGAUUUAAUGGUGACUGAUAAUACUGGCCUUACACCAGCACAGCUUGCUUCUGAUAAGAAUCAUCGACAAGUUGCAUUUUUCCUUGGUAAUGCUAGGAAACUAUUUGAAAAACGUUACGAAGGGCCAUUCGGGCGACUUUCAAAACUAGGACUAGCACCAGCACUUCUGUGUGUAAUAUUUGCGCUACUUUUGACCUAUAUCAAUUCCGUCAUUAUGGCUUCAAAUUUACCAAAAUUAACUGCUGGUUCUGCGUUUUUUGCAUGGAUGGGUGUACUAUUCGCAAGUUCAGGAUUAAUACUUUUCUCUCGGUGUAGCCGCAAAGAUCCCGGUUUCAUAAAAGCCAACAGGAACGAUUCAAAAGAUACAACAGAUAAUGAGCCUUUACUGAAGAUUGAUAUACCCGAACCCGCUUUGCUAGCUGGUAAUUGGUCUCAACUCUGUGCAACUUGUAAGAUUGUACGGCCACUUCGCGCCAAGCAUUGUUCCACCUGCGAGCGUUGUGUAGAACAAUUUGACCAUCACUGCCCUUGGGUUUCCAAUUGCGUCGGGAAGAAAAACAAAUGGGAUUUUGUGGGCUUUCUUGUUCUAGAAGUUUUUGCAAUGGCUUUAACUGGUGUGGUUGCUCUUACAAGAAUUGUGACCGAUCCGUUAGCUCCAUCUUCGUUUGGAGCAUGGUUUCAACAUGUUGGUAAUCAACAUGUUGGUGUUUUAUUAUUUUUAGUUUCGGAUUUUUCCCUCUUCAUUGGUGUGGCGGCGUUAACGAUUAUGCAAAUUUCUCAGGUUGGCCGUAACAUAACAACAAACGAAAUGGCAAACAUGAUGCGGUACAAUUACCUAAGAGGCCCCGAAGGCCGAUUCAGAAACCCGUAUGAUCACGGCUGCAAGAAAAACUGUUCAGAUUUCUUAAUAAACGGUUACAAUGAAGACAUUGAAAUUAUAGAAUCCGCACCUCAAUCCGAGGGUAUAAACAUGAUGCCAAUUCCCAAUAAUAAUAAUAUGAGUCUAAAUCUGAACAUGCAAAACGGGGGUGUUACUUCUAAUCAUUCUCAUCAAACAAAUGGAAAUGGUCAUGGUCAUGGUCAUGGUCAUGGUCAAGGUGUGGGUCCGGGUGCGGGACAUGUUCAUUCUUCUGGUUGCAGCCAUGGGACCCACAGUAAACCUAAAGCGGACUCGUCGGUUCCAUUAGGUUUAGGUCUAGGGUUAGGCCGAGGUUCCCGAUCUAGGGGUGGGUUAUGAUUUUAUAUGAACAUUAUAUGUUGUACCACUUGCCUUUUGGGGGGUAAAUCAUUUUUUUCAGAGCUAGAGUGACUUCUACUUCAUGCAAUGGCAGUUAUACAUUACCUUGUUCUUGUAUCUCAGAAUAUUGUGUAUACAGAUAUUUAUAAGAAGCAUCAAGAGUGAUUUUUUGUUCAUUAAACAUUGGAUAUGAUAGUGAUGAAGUAUGUUUAUCACAUAAA